UCUUGUCCUAGCACACUUUGUAUUGUUCGAAGUUGAGAAAGAAGGAGGCCGAGUCUCCGAGGUGGCGUUGGGUGGGGGCGCUACUAGCUCCCGUUCUCUCAGCGUCUCUAGAGGGAAGGGCGCCGGUGGGAGCAGGAGAGUCUGCACCCGGCAGGCCUCCUUAGGUGCCGGGUUGCGCGCAGGGCCCUGUGCUUGUCUCGCCUCCGGUUGGCUCAGGCCUCGGAGCAUGAGCGCGCCGGCAACUGCUGGGCCCGGGACAGUGAAGCAGAGGAGGAGGUGGGGGAGGCGAGCCCAGGUCGGGGAAGGGCAGCACCUGAAUCACCCUUGGGGCCCAGACCCCCAAGAGUCUCCGGGGAGCCGAGGCCUGGCGAGGCAGUCCCGGGGUUCGCCCCCUCCCCCCUGGCCCGAGGGCGCACCACGUGCUGGGCAGAGACUUCGGCGAGGCCGAGUGGACCCUGCAGCGCUGCUUGGGAAAGGGCACCUUGGACUACCUGGUGGGGGCGUUGUGCUUCGUUACCGACCGCCAGGACGCCAACCCACGGUGCCCACCCGUGCGUCAUUCCGCUGUGGAUCAGCCCUUUGGCGGCCCCCCUCCAAAGUCUACAAGGUCACACGGAUGUCUGCAGGCAGAGGUGGGAUAGGAGCAUCCCAGGUGCUGCGAGGGUUUGAUUCAACCCCUUGCAGCAGCUGCUUCCGGCUCCCUGAGACCCAGCCAUGGAAGGCAUAGAAAGGCACAUGACAAGAAACUCAUGGCUUUUAAUCCUGGCAGGACAAGGAAAACCCCGUCAAAGAUUUGCAUAAAUUUUGCUGCUCUCCUGCUGGGCGGGGGGUGGGGGGGGCAGUUCGUCACAUUUAAUAAAACUCUCUCCCUCCCUUCUCCCGACUGCAUUAUCUCAUAUUUAUUUAUUUGAGACAGUCUGGCUCUGUC